AUGGCGCCGCUCCUCAACACGGGGCUCGUGAUAUUACCCCUUAUAGUGUCGACACUGCUCGGGCCCAUACCGGCCUUUGCGCAAAACGAAACGUGCGCAACCAAGGGAAGGCCGGCGGGCAAGGUCCUUCAAGGCUACUGGGAGAACUGGGACGGAGCAAAGAACGGCGUACACCCCCCGUUUGGAUGGACUGCGAUCCAAGACGCCCAGAUCCGGCAGCACGGCUACAAUGUGAUCAGCGCCGCGUUCCCCGUGAUCCUGCCCAACGGAACAGCCCUGUGGGAGGACGGCAUGGACGCCAACGUCAAGGUCGCGACGCCGGCGGAAAUGUGCCAGGCCAAGGCGGCCGGGGCGACCAUAGUCAUGUCCAUCGGUGGCGCCGCCGCGGCCAUCGACCUGAGCUCGAGCAGCGUCGCCGACAAGUUCGUCUCGACCAUUGUGCCCAUCCUGAAGCGGUACAACUUUGACGGCGUCGACAUUGACAUCGAGGCGGGCUUGACCGGCAGCGGCACCAUCGGCACGCUGUCCACCUCGCAGGCCAACCUGGUGCGCAUCAUUGACGGCAUCCUCGCGCAGAUGCCGUCCAACUUUGGCCUGACCAUGGCGCCCGAGACGGCCUACGUGACGGGGGGCAGCGUGACGUACGGAGCCAUCUGGGGCGCCUAUCUCCCCAUCAUCAAGAAGUAUGUCGACAAUGGCCGGCUGUGGUGGCUCAACAUGCAGUACUACAACGGCAACAUGUACGGGUGUUCGGGAGACUCGUACUCAGCCGGGACUGUCGAGGGCUUUGUGGCCCAGACGGACUGCUUGGAUAAAGGACUCGUGAUCCAGGGCACCACGAUCCGGGUCCCUUACGACAAGCAAGUCCCCGGUCUGCCUGCGCAGUCGGGCGCCGGCGGCGGAUACAUGUCGCCGAGUCUGGUUGGACAAGCGUGGGAUCAUUACAACGGCUCUCUCAAAGGCCUCAUGACGUGGUCCAUCAACUGGGACGGAUCCAAGAACUGGAGCUUUGGCGACAACGUCAAGGGGCGGCUCUGA